UCAAAUAUGGAAAGCAACAUGGCGAACGAGAAUGAAUUUAUUUCCGAAAUUCCAGCUAAAAGACCUAGAUUAGUGGAUGAAAAUGACGGCUCCGAACGCCAUACUUCCGAUUAUAUAGGUACAAAUCUAUCAAUCGGCAACGGUGAGGAAGCCAAGAAUGGUAUUGAAAAGAUGUCAAAGGGAUCUAAAAAUAUGGGAAUUAUUCACUUCCCGGAAAAUUCAGGUGGGCUGGGCUCUUCGUCAUUGGAUGGCGCUGCGCAAUACUCGUCAGCACAACCGAAUGGAGAAACAUCAUUUGAGAAGACAAACGAUGAAAAAAAGGAGGCGGGUGAGGAAGAGAAAGAAGAUGACAGUAAUGAUAGUUGGAGUACCAUCAGUGAAGUAUCAGGCUUAAGUGAAAAUGCAUGGAAAUCAAUUUCAGGUCCUAUCUCAUGGGUGCAAAGACAGAUGACUUUAGGAAUUGAACCAAGGACAAUUCUGAAUGAAAUGUUACCUUCAGGAAUGGCUAUACCACCAGAUCUAGAUAAUUAUGCAAUGUGGAGAAUUAUCAUUAAUCUGUUAAUGGAACCUCCUAAAAGGAAGAAACUGGAUCACAUUAAUACAAUAGAAGAUGUGGUUCAUCUGAUGAAGACAUGUAAAAAGAUUGUUGUAUUAACAGGGGCUGGGGUAUCUGUAUCAUGUGGUAUACCAGAUUUUCGGUCUAGAGAUGGUGUUUAUGCACGUUUAGCUGUUGACUUUCCUAAUCUUCCAAAUCCACAGGCUAUGUUUGAUAUCCAUUUUUUCCAAAGUGACCCAAGACCUUUUUUUAAGUUUGCCAAGGAAAUCUACCCCGGUCAGUUUGAACCCUCAAAAUGCCAUAAAUUUAUCAAGUUAAUAGAGGACCAUGGUAAACUUCUACAGAAUUACACACAGAAUAUAGACACACUUGAACAGGUUGCUGGUAUUAAAAACGUUAUACAAUGUCACGGAUCUUUUGCUACUGCUCAAUGUAUGGCUUGUAAAUAUAAAGUGGAUGCUGAAGUUAUAAAAGAAGAUAUAUUUAAUCAAGUUAUACCAAAAUGUCCUGUCUGUCCGCCUGAAACACCCUAUGCCAUCAUGAAGCCAAAUAUUGUAUUUUUUGGCGAAAGUUUACCAGAAGAAUUUCAUCGUCAAAUGGCUGAAGAUAAAGAUGAAUGUGACUUACUAAUUGUUAUAGGUUCUUCUCUCAAAGUUCGUCCAGUGGCUCUCAUUCCAAAUUCUCUUCCAGCCCAUGUACCUCAGAUUUUAAUUAAUCGGGAAAGAUUACGUCAUAUUGGUUUUGAUGUAGAAUUAUUAGGUGAUUGUGAUGUUAUUGUUAAUGAGUUAUGCCAUCGAUUGGGUGAAGGCUGGGACACCUUAUGUAAUGAUGAAUCUUUACAACAAAUACAUAAAUCUGAACUCAGUGAAAGCAUUAAAGGUGCUUGUUCAAAUAGUAUUGUCUCAUCUUAUUCAGACUCUUGUGAGCUACGUUCAGAUACAUGUCUAGCCAUGUAUGAUAGUAACUCAUCUGACUGUACAUCUUCGGUACAAAGCACAGUAACAACAAGCAAUAGUACACAACAAAAUAACAACAACUGUGACACAGAUACUGUUGAUAGUACAAGUAUAGCCUGUUCACCUACUCGGUUAUCAGAUAGUGUAGUUGUAAAUGAUGAAUUAUCUAGUGACAGUAAAAUAGAUACCACCACAGAUAAUAAUAAACCGAAGUCUGCUGACGUAGAAACAGUCAAGAAUGAUGAAUUGGAUGCGUCUAUAGAAAAGAUGAGGGCUUUCUAUCAGAGAUCACCUAGAUGUAGUUUAGCCAAGAGAUUAAAAAAAAACCAGUUCUUGCACUUGGAGCCCAAUCUCUAUGUAUUUUCUGGAGCUGAAGUCUACUCAGAUGAUGGGGAUUCUGAUAAUAGCGAUGAUGAGGAUGAUAUCAGUGAUGCUGAAGCAAUGACAAGUAAAGAUGAAGGCAAUCAAGAUACCAGUUCUUCCGAACAGCUCAGUAAUAUCGAUUCUGCUAACAAUAUUAAAGAAAAUUAUGAAGUGUCUGUUAAGGAAAUUGAUAUUGCGAGUAAUUCGUUACAUUAAAUGAUAAUAUAAUUUAUUGUUAAAUACUGUAUUAAGAGAUUGAACAGUAUAUUUAUAAAUAGGGCUUGUACAAAAAUAUCAUCUUUUUUAAAGUCUCUGAUCGUCAUUUGAGAGAUUUUAAAUCACCCAUAAUACUGUGAAAGUUGAAUCCCUUACAAACUACAAUAGUCCAAAAAUGGUUCAGUUCCAUUCAGUAUUAUUUACAAAGAAUUAAAAAAUUUGUCAGCAUUCGACAUCUAAGGCAGAUGGUACAUAGGACAUGGUCAUCCCAGUAUGAUUGAAUCUAAGUCAGGUGAUUAUCUAUUUUGAUUUAGUUUUCUUAAUUAAAUUUUUAAUAAUAAAUUUGAGUACAUUUUAUCGAGGAUUAAGCAUGAAAUAUUGGAUUUUGUCUGAAAAAUGCAAAUGACGAUCAGUGACUAAAUUAUCUGGGCUAGGGGCUGUGAAAUACUACAUGUAUGCUCAGUUUUUGUUACAAAUACAACAUCAACACAUUUUAGAUUGAACUGACGAAAUAUUUUUGAGAGAGAUAAUUGAUGCCUUAUUAAUGGCAUAUAUUACUCCAGAAAGGGAUUGAAAUAAUUUAAAAAAUCUAAUGUGCAAUAGUUACAUUGCUCCUAGACCUCUACUUGUAAAUAUCAUAGCGUUUUUUUUUCUUGUUCUGAAAUUAAAUAUUUCAAUUAUUUUUUUUUAAUCGAGUUGAGAGAGAUUUGAUAUGUUAUGAAAUACUGAAAGAAAAAAAAACAUGCAUUAGACAGGUUCAAAUAUAUGUGUAUUUAAUUUCAUUAGUAUUUUUCUAUGUUUAUACAAUUUUUUAUAAACAAAUAUUCAAAACAAACGAAUUUAUAUUAUCAUCUUGCCACAUACUUUCGUUGUUGUUUUUUUUUAAAAAUAAGAUUUCACAAGCAAAUGUGGAAGAAGUGAACUCCUGCCAAAAGUAACUAUGUAAGAUUUAUAUUUUAUCUGUAAACAAAUCUGUUGAAUUUAUGAAAUUGUCAUAUUGUUUAUUAUGUAGAUAUGUUCUUUUGUUUGUGUUGACCUAGUAAUAUACAUGUAAACAAGUUUUGUUUGAAGGACAAUUUAUGCACUUAAGAAUUUAAGAAAUAUAUUUCAAAAUAACAUUAAAUACUUAUAUGUUUUUAAAGGCUCAAAUGUAGAUGUAUAUUGUCAUCUGUCCCACUUUCCUUGUGAAAGAUUUACACACUUAGUUCUUGUCAGAAUUUUGAAGAGUUAUUUUUCUGUUUACAUUUUAAUUUUGAUAACUUACUACAGACUUCAUAAUAGAUUUUUCCAAACUUUGAGAGAUUUGGUGACAAUGAUCUUAGAUAUAGCAUGGAUAACUUUACUGCUGGUGGGAAUAUAGGGGAUGUAACAAGCUCCCAACUGUGUUUCUUCGUGUUGAGAGAAAAUAUUUAGGAUUUGUUGUUGUUAUAAUAGUAGUGUAAAUAGUCAUUUUGUUUGGUGUUAUUCUACUGAUGUUUUGAUUGCAUGAUAAAUUAGAAGUCAAAUUCUUCAAAUAUAUUACAGCAUGAAUUAUGUUUAAGAUCCUCUUCCUGUAGAUAUUUUACUUAAAUAUUCUUAUCUAAUACAUGUACAUUACUUUAACAUUAAAAUCUUAUCUGGGGUUGAUUGCAAUGGUGUUUUACGUGAAAUUCAUUUGAACCUUGGUUCAUAAUGUACACGGCUGUAAACAUAACAAAAGCUGAAGAAUUGGCAAAUUCUGGUAUAUAUAAAGCACUUUAGGUGAUGUGAAGCAGAUUCGGUGAUGUAUAUGUUUUUGAAAUGAUAAACUAUUUCAUCUAUUAUUACUCUAUCAGAUUAGGUGACAGUUUUUUGUACUCUUUUCACAGAUGAGUAUUUUUUGUAUGAAAUAUUGAUGUUUGUUUUAAUAUAUUUAUGUCUAAAGAUUAAUGUAAAUGUGUGGGUUAAAAAUUCUGUGAAUUUGUUUCCCUUUUGCAGGACCAGCACACAUUGUGCGACUUUCUGAUUGGAUUCAUUUAGGUGUUUUUCACUGGGCUCUGUCUCACAUGGCUCUCUUCUAUGCAACUUUGUUGUUAAAUGACAUUGCCUUUGUCAUGCAGUAAAAAAUCUAAAUGAAUCUGGUAUCAUUGUGAGUUGUUCUAUUGUUUAUUGUGUUUGUUGUGAUAAUUGAGUGUGAUAAAUAUAUAAAAGUUAUAUCAAUUACAGUUUUCUUCAGGAGCUGCUCACUUAAAACUCCAAAAAGCUAAGUCGAUCCUUUUGCAAACUGAUAAUCGGCAAGCCAGGGUGUUUUGUAAGAACAACUCUUGUGUACUGUAUUAAAUAAAAGUAAUAUAUUUCAAAAUAUGCAGUGAAUUAGAUAUUCACAGCCGGUAAAAGUUUUUUUGUUGUAAUAUAAUAUUGUUACCUUUUCAUGUAUUUGUAUUAAGUGUCUAUUUUAUAUUCAACUCUUAUUAACAUGGUGGAAAUGGUAUUUACUACUUGUACCUUUAACAAGAUAGGGAACCAGACCAACAAACUUUGAAACUUUUCUUAAAAUUAACUGAAAAUCACCAUUGCCUUGCUUGUGUCAGAAGAUUAAAACAUUUAGGUUUUCUACAUGUGGAGCCUAUGAAUUAUAAUUUGAGAGAUAAAACUUGUUUUAUAAACAAUGAUCUAAUGAUACUUUUAGAUCCAGUUGGAAAUUGAACCAUAGACAUUAGUAUAUUCCCAACUUGUUAAAGAAAAGUUCCUUAUUCAAUGGGUAUACAUGUAGUUUUAAUAGUGUUGGAGGAAGUUUUUAAAAUAUUGAAAAAUAUAAGAAAAUUAUUAGAGCAGGGUACACAUAAAUCACAUCAUUGUAAUAUAUUUAGUUACCUCUUCUUGAUUUGAUAGUACUACAUUUAAUAAGCAUAAUGUUGGUCAAACUGUUUUUGUUCAUAUUAAACAGAGACAGAAUUAUUAAUACACUUCAAUAUUUAUUGAUCAUAUAUCUAUUUAUAUAGUAAAUUACAAAUAAGUAGUGUUUCAUUCUCAUUGUAAAUUAUCUCAUUUUUAUCAUAUAGGCCAUAAUUUGAUGUUAUAUUUUUCUAUUGAUAUUUAAAACUGCAAUCUUGUACUAUGCUGUGUAUUAACUAAUUAAAUUAAUAGUGACAUGGGUCACAUUAUUCAUACUAACAUGUACAUCCUAAAAUAUAAACAGUCAAAAAUUGAGAUCUUGUGAACAUGGCCUGUUCCAUCUGGUAGGUUUCAUUUUACCAUGAUUCUUGUUUGAAAUUUUCCAAUUUUAGACUACCAUUAUUCUGACACUAAAACUUGACUUUACAAAACUUUAAUGGUGACAUUUGGAAAUAUUUCCUAGCAUUACCUAUCUGAAAUUUGGUAUUUGAUACUGUAUAAUUAUUUGAAUGAUACAAACAAUAAUUAGUACUGUCCAACUAUUUGUUCUCUUAUUAAAGCAUGUGUAAAAUCAUUUCACAUUUAAAUCUAA